AAAGAAAAGAAAAGAAAAACCCUAUCCUGAACAAGUAAAUUGAUGCGAUGGACGGUUUUAUAAAGUUUACAAACCAGAGCCAGGGAAGGGAUCGUAUUUUCAGAGCUACUCAAUAUGCAUGUGCUCUGGUUAAAUAUUUGCUGCGGAAUAAGGCUGCAAGAAAAGAACUGGUGAAGAAGCUGCAAGCUCUGGAAUCCAACAUGAGCGCGGGAAGGAAACUAUUCCGCCUUGGGAGCACGGUGAGUUCCCUCCAGACGGCCAGGCAGACCUGGCGGCUCUCGGACCCAGUGCUGCGCGCCUGCCUGACAGUGGCCAGCCUGAGCCGCGCCCUCUACUUCGCCUGCGACAACCUCCUCUGGGCCAGGAGCGUGGGGCUGGUGCGUGACGUCGACAAGGAGAGCUGGCGCCUGGCCGCCUCACGCUGCUACUUCGUGUCCCUGGUCAUGAGCUUGACGCGCGACGCGUACGUGAUCGCUCGCAUCGUGGCACAUAAAUCGCAGGACAGAGACUACCAGAGGAAGGCCCGGCAGCACCUCAGCGAGCACCAGGACGUGGCCUGCACAGUGAUUCCCCAGCUCGACGCAUUCCUCUUCCUGCUCUACGAGAGCCUCAAAACCAACCCCCCCAUCGUGCUGGACACUGCCAAGAACGUGUGCGACCUCUUCAUUCCCUUGGACCGGCUGGGCAUAUACCCGACCAACGCUGGCGUGGUGGGGUUUUGCGGCCUCAUGUCUUCCCUUUUGGGAAUUCUGUCUGUCUUGAAACCCGGUCUGAAAGUUAAACCAUAACAUGACCUGCCCGGGUAGAGACGGCUCUGAGCUUUUGGGAUCUGUCAGUCUAACACAGGGUUAACAUACAUUGGGUAUCUGAGGUGCUAUAAGUCUUUUACUAUUUCUCUG